ACACUUAUUUUAUUAUUAUUUCAAAAUAUCCUCUGUUUUGAUUGAUUCUUAUUUCUUCAAACUCUAUAAUAAUAAUAAUAACAAUAACAAUCUUCCUUGAAAUCGAAAUAAUAAAAAUAAAUAAAAAGUAAAAGAAGAAGAAAGAAAUGGCGGAUCAGCUAACGGAUGAUCAGAUCUCUGAGUUUAAAGAAGCUUUCAGCCUUUUUGAUAAGGAUGGCGAUGGUUGCAUCACGACAAAGGAGCUUGGAACUGUGAUGAGAUCCUUGGGGCAGAAUCCUACGGAGGCUGAACUCCAGGACAUGAUAAACGAAGUUGAUGCUGAUGGCAAUGGAACCAUUGAUUUCCCAGAGUUUCUAAACCUAAUGGCCAGGAAGAUGAAGGAUACAGACUCCGAGGAAGAACUGAAGGAAGCAUUCAGAGUUUUUGACAAGGAUCAGAAUGGCUUCAUUUCUGCUGCUGAGUUGCGUCAUGUGAUGACAAAUCUCGGCGAGAAACUUACUGAUGAAGAAGUUGAUGAGAUGAUCCGAGAGGCUGAUGUUGAUGGUGAUGGCCAAAUCAACUACGAGGAGUUUGUUAAGGUUAUGAUGGCCAAGUAAUAUAACCCUUUCGUAUUGGGUUUUUAUAUUAGUACUAUUUGAAAAGACAAAAAGGGUUAACACUAUCUUUUUAUAUUAGUACUAUUUGAAAUGAUUUGGGACAAAAAGAUGCUAAUUAUGUCACGGAUGCCUUAAUCAUAUGUUUAAUUAUGUAUCUUUUUACAAUUA